ACAACCUGGCCACUGGAGAAGUUUCUGCGCAGCGCAAUGGCUGCCCAGUGCGACACUUUAAGCGGAUACUUGCAGCAGUCGGACCAUGGCUCCAACAGCGAGCGCAGCACCGACUCUCCCCUCCCGGGAUCCGAGGAGGAUUUGAGCGGACCCCAUCCGCUGCCAGAUCCGGAGUGGACUGAGGAGAGGUUUCGGGUGGACCGCAAGAAGUUGGAAAUCAUGUUAUUAGCUGCCUCUGAGGGGAGAGUCAACGGCGGGGAGGACUUCUUUCAGAAGAUCAUGGAUGAGACCCAGACGCAGAUAGCCUGGCCCUCCAAGCUGAAAAUCGGAGCCAAGUCCAAAAAAGAUCCACACAUCAAGGUGUGCGGGAAGAGGGAGAAUGUGAGGGAAGCCAAAGACAGAAUUAUGUCCGUCCUUGACACAAAGAGUAACAGGGUAACCCUGAAGAUGGACGUUUCCCACACGGAGCACUCGCACGUUAUCGGCAAAGGUGGCAACAACAUCAAGAGGGUGAUGGAGGAGACGGGGUGCCACAUCCAUUUCCCAGACUCCAACAGGAACAACCAGGCAGAGAAGAGCAACCAGGUGUCCAUUGCGGGGCAGCCAGGAGGGGUGGAGGCAGCUCGAGUAAAAAUAAGGGAGCUGCUCCCUCUCGUGUUGUCUUUCGAGCUUCCCGCCAUCAUGCAGUCUGACCCCAGCUCCCCCACCGUGCAGCACAUCUCGCAGACGUACAACCUCACAGUCUCCUUCAAGCCCCCGACUCGCCUCUACAGGGCCACCGGCGUGGUUCGUGGCUCACAGAACAACGCCAACGCCGUCAAGAGGGGCACGGCUCUGCUGUUGGAGCACCUGGCUGGCAGCCUGGCUAGCACCAUCUCAGUCACCACCCACUUGGACAUCGCACCCCAGCACCACCUCUUCAUGAAAGGCCGCAAUGGCAGCAACAUCAAGCACAUCACCCAGAGGACGGGAGCCCAGAUCCACUUCCCUGACCCCAACAGCCCCCAGAAGAAAUCCACAGUCUACAUUCAGGGCACCAUUGAAUCGGUCUGCCUGGCACGGCAGUACCUCAUGGGCUGCUUGCCUCUGGUAUUAAUGUUUGACAUUAAAGAGGACAUUGAGGUGGAGCCCCAGUGUAUCACAGCACUCAUGGAGCAGCUGGACGUCUUCAUCAGCAUCAAACCAAAGCCAAAACAGCCCAGCAAGUCUGUCAUAGUGAAGAGCGUGGAGAGGAAUGCAGUGAACAUGUACGAAGCCCGAAAGUUCCUCUUGGGUCUGGAGAGCAACGGUGUGUCGUCCUCCUCGCCCUCUGUGGGGUUAAAUCCCGCAACCAACGGCCCGUCCCCGUCCCUCAUCUGCCCCGUCGGCCUGGACAUCCUGGCCUCAGCUGGCCUGGGGCUGAGCAAUCUGGGUUUCCUGGGUGCGACGGCUCCCCACUCCCUCACCAACUCUGCUGCCCCAAACGCCGUCCUCAACAGCCUAAACUCCUCCAUGAGCCCCCUGCAGACCCCAAGCCCCAGCACCCCCACGCCCUCCCCCUCCCUCUGGCCCAGUUCACUCACCAGCACCCAAGGCUUCUCAUCUCAGCUGAUGCUGCACCCUGCCACCCAGGCCACCCUGAGCAGCAUCCUGCUGUCAGGUGUGCAGGGCUACACACAGAGUACACCGUCCCCUCCGCCUGGCCUCGCCCCCAUAGACAAGCAGCCCAACGGGGUCCCUGACUGCGCCAAGGGCCCCUGCACUCUUAAUGGACAUGUCAAGCACCCCAGCUCAGUCUAUGGGAGGAUAGCAACUGCAGCACUUGCAGAGACUGUUUUGAGUCCAGCCCCGUGUGACUCGGUCCAGGAGGCCAGUGGACACAAUCCAUCAGAACCGCUGUCCAGCAAGUCCAGCCCAGAUGAAGGCUCUGACACAUUUGUGGAAGUGGGCAUGCCCAGAAGCCCCUCUCACUCAGCCAAUGGGAGCGAGCUAAAACAGAUGCUGGCUUCGUGUAAGACGUCGUCAGGGAAGCGACAGGCUGUGGAGCUCCUGCAGGGCACCAAGAACUCCCAUCUACACUCUGACUGCCUUCUCUCGGACGCUGAGUCCAGCUCAUCAGACAGUCCUGUGGCGGAUAAGAGGGCACCCGGUAGCGAGAGGGCGGCUGAGAGGGCGGCACAGCAGAACGAGAGGGAGAGAAUCAGGCUGGCACCGCAGACCUCCUUCGCCAACAUGCAGGCAUUUGACUACGAACAGAAAAAGCUGUUGGCAACCAAAGCUAUGUUAAAGAAGCCUGUGGUGACUGAGGUGCGGACCCCGACGAACACAUGGAGUGGUCUAGGCUUCUCUAAGUCUAUGCCAGCUGAGACCAUCAAGGAGCUGCGGAGAGCCAAUCACGUUCCGUACAAGCCCAGCAUGAGCACCACCUACGAGGGCUCCCCGCUGUCCUUGUCUCGAUCCAGCAGCCGGGAAGGCGUCGGGAACGGCAGCGACUCAGACAACUGGCGAGAGAGGAACGGCACCGGCAACGGACUGCCGAGUCACGCCGAGUUCCCCUCCGCUGUCAGCAGCCCGAAGAGGAAGCAGAACAAAUCAGCUGCAGAGCAUUACCUCAGCAGCAGCAACUACAUGGACUGCAUCUCUUCGGUAACCGGCAGCAACGGCUGCAGCCUGAACUCGUCUCUGAAAGGCUCAGACCUGCCUGAGCUGUUCAGCAAGCUGGGCCUGGGGAAGUACACAGACGUCUUCCAGCAACAAGAGAUUGACCUCCAGACAUUCCUGACUCUCACAGACCAGGACCUGAAGGAACUGGGCAUCACCACCUUUGGAGCCCGCAGGAAAAUGCUGCUCGCCAUCUCAGAACUAAACAAGAACAGGAGGAAGUUAUUUGAGCCACCCAUCAGAUCCUCUUUCCUGGAAGGGGGAGCGAGCGGCCGCCUCUCCCGUCAGUUUCACGCAGACAUGGCCAGCAUCAGCGGGCGAUGGUAGACACCUCCAGACCUCCACGCCGUCCCAAAACCGUCCAUGAUGGAGACCUGACUCCAGUAUUUCUCUGUGCCUCAGCCGCCCAGGUUUCAGUGGCCGUUUACCCUCUUCUCAGCUUCAGCUGAAUUAAGACUGUUCACAAUGUUCCUGUUGCCAUAUAGUAUAAAUACAUAGUAUAUUAAAAAAAAGCCAUAGUUUUACCUGAAGUGCCAACAAGAAAAAAAGGGAUGUCUCAAAAACAUGAGGUUCAGUGUUCACUCCUGAUAGAGCCAUUGAGUCUAUCUGGAGUAUUUAUAUAUGAAGUUUGUCGUUGUGUUCUGAAGAAGGGUACUGUCCAGUAUUUCUGUCCACGUCUUGUUCACGGGAACAGGCAGAAUGAUUAGUACAAUCAUUUUACACAUUGAUACUACCUGCAUUUGUGUUAUGCUGUUGUAUCAGUGACAUGCACUUUAAUAAUACUAGACUUUUGCCUGUGAGAGCCUAAUUCCUUAGAUUGAAAUAAUGCUAACUAUGCAUUUUUUUGUAUUGACUAAAAGCACAGAUGCAUUUUGUACCAAACCAAAUGUAAGCACUUAACCAGUGAGAUUAGGGGCGCCAGCAGAUGUAGUGCAAAAUAUGUCAGCACGCCAAAGUGGUGACGUCAUCAACUUUAACAUAUAUACCAAAGGAAAGUAUCAUUGUGGCCUUUGACCUUUGGCUGCCUUAAGUGUUUUGAUUGGUGGACAUUCCUCUGAGGUCAGUGUUAGUGUCCAACCGCAGUCUGUUUGUGUGUGUAUUUCUAAACAAAACAAAAAAAAUUCAAGUAUUUUGUACUCAUUAUGCAUUAUGAUUUUAUUUUUAGUUUUUAUUACCAUUUUAGGGGAACGGGUGGGAUGUUUAACGGUAAUCAGUUUACAUAUGUAUUUUUUAUACAUUCAUGAAUGAGUUUCUAUGAUUUUGUAAUUCGAUUAUUAGUAUCUUUUACCUUUUUUUUUUCCCCUGCCCUUUAAUCUGUGGAGCCGUAAUAUGGCUGUGCCAUUAGACAGCAGCAGAGACGUGAGGCAGUUAGGCUCAGCUUUAGAGGCCUCUCUCUGAUUGUGUCAACAGGCAUCUUUCUGUGGUUUUCCUUCUGUGUUUGUUUAUAGCACACGGCCUUUUGUCUCAUCUGUUAUUUGUCAGCGUUGGCCUCCCCGUGGCCCCUUCUGUGUGCCUAAAAUCUCACAAAGCACUCCUCCAUGUAUCCGGACCAUGAGUUGCUAUGCUAGAACUGUUUUUUUUUGUUUUUUGUUUUUUUUUGGUGAGUGUGUGUGUUUGUCUUCCUUUUCACUGGCUGUUCCACUCAGAGCAAGGAAAGAAGGCCAUGCCUCUGUAGCGAAAAGUGCCAAUGUACAUAACUAGUUCUUCAGCAGGGAAAUAUUUCGUUAAGAACACCAAUAUUUUGGUCUGAUUGUAUUCUCCAGAUAGGAGGUGCAUCACACAAAGAACCAGUAUGCUUACAGCCAAGUUGGUUUCCCAUGAGCAUUUCUGCAAGACACACAACGAAGGAACCAAAGUCAUCAGAAGGACUGUGAGAUUUAGGAAGAAAACAAAUACUAAAUAGAAUUUGGAAUUUUCUAGUAUCGGUCUUGUGAUCUAAUAUCCAGAACACCUGGUUAAGCAGCGUUUAAUGAAGUAGCAGAAUUCUGCGUGCAGCAGCAGUGUUUAUCCUCAAAGCUUGUGUCUUUUCUGGGCUCCUGCAUUGCGUUCGGUCAUGUGUUUCGGAAAGGAAAACAUCCUUUUUCAACAGUUCAUUAACUUUGGAUCACUCAAGUGUUUUUGUGUGUGUGUGUGUGAUGUUCUUGAGAUUUAUCUGAGGAUUUAGUCCACAAGCCAAUCCAUCUUUCUAGGUCCUGAGCAUUUUGUAUCAAGUGCAAUUAAGUGCCUCUUUGUAAAGUUUUUUUUUUUUUUUUUCCUGGGAAAAUGUGUUUAUAUUUGACGUUCAAUAAGUAUAAAAGCUACGACUGAAGAGUUUUUCGUCUUGGUUAAAAUGAGAGUACAGUGUAAAAUCUAUUAGUUACGUGGAGGACGAAAUUAUCACUGUGCACUGCCUGAACAUUAAUCGACAAAUUUUACUAUGAAAGGAAGUAACAGCAGUCCUCACACAAUCUCAAAGAAGUCGACCGUUUGUCACCUGUUCGAUUCGCGACGAUUCCCCCUUAAGGUGACUCGAUCAUGUUUUCUUUUAACCACUUUCCUCUCUCCCUCGCAUCUGAUUUGAGCCAUUCUCAAUGUGGUUGUCAAGUUAAAUAACACUAUGCUAAAUAUUAUUCUGACACGGUUGCCGACGCCAACCAGGUAAUUGUUUAUUUUUCCUUCGAAGUCUUAGGAAAAGAGCUGAGGAGGGAGAAAGCUAAUAUAGAAAGGGAUUCUUUAUCCUGAGAGGAACCCGGGGCCGGUUCGCCCCCACUCAUCAUGGUACUACAUUGAAACUGUUGAGCACUGAUUCUCCCAGUGCUGUGACUCGUGUUCCUGCCUAGCAGACAUUUGUUUUCAUGCUUCACCUUGUUCGGAUGUGUUUGUUCGGAGGGCAAUAUAGGUUCUUGUCAAGUGAAUGUUGUUUAAAAAAAAACAUUUUGAUGCAUGCAGAUUGAUUACGGAUCAGUGAAGGGACUCAUCAAGUCAAAACGUUUACUGCCAGCAUGGCUAGUCUUUGCCCUUGAUAGAAUAGUUUCACAGUUAUGUCUUUGAUUUGUUGUUGUAUUAGUCAUAUUGUUGUUCCCAAAGGGAUUUGUUUGAAGGAGUCUUUGUACUGCAAUCAAAUGGUACAUUUAUAAUAAAUGUAAACCACUAAGAAAACGGUGUAAUACAUAACUUUUGUACAACUUUUUCAUCUUAUGCAACCAGUGUUUUUGUGUGAGACAGAUACGAUUCUGCACAAAGUUCCAGAGAAAAGAUGAAUAAACAUUUCCAU